AUGUCUUCUCAAUCGGACGACUCCUCUGUAGGACCAACGUCUAUCCCGGAGGCUACAGAUAUAAUAUCGAAUUCCAGGGGUUCUAAAUCAAAUAAAUUAAGCGAUGAUCACGCAUUACCUGAGCCUAUAGAUUCUAUCGGAGAAAGCAAUCAAAACAUGCAUGUUGCACAAGUAAUCAGCGCCGAAACUGGCAAUGAGAAUUUGUCAAAAUACAAUGUGGAUUUCAAGCCAAGUUCAUCCAGCAAACAGCAUAUCUACAGUAUUCGUGAGUUACUACAAAUAUCAAAAGAUGUACCCGAGAAAUUGAGCAACUCUAUCUCUGGCUCCUUACCCAAAAAGAGCUUUUGGAGACUUUCCAGUAGGCACCCUGAUGGAAGCGGCGGAUCUAAUCACAAAACCAAUAAUUUUAGGAUUGCAGAACCCGGUUCUGAAAAGAAGGCGCAUAGAAGUCGUGGGUCUAGAAACGGUAGACGAGGAAGCAAGUUUUCCAAGGGUGAGAAGCAUUACGUGGAAGAGAAAGAUAUCAAAGUUAAUAAUGAUGAUCUACUGGCAUUGGAAGAAGAAAUCAAGCCUACAGGCAAUAGCAUUAGUGACUUUGAAAACUGGAAAGCGAAAAUGAAAGAACUCGAACGCAGAAAAAAGGGUCUUCCACCUCUUGAAAAGAAUGAAGCCUCUGAAAGGCCGCCACUAGACACUAAUAGAAGUUCUCUAUCGGACUUUUUUAAUUUGAAGAAAGAAAACAGUUCUAAUUUCGAAGAGCUUGAGUCAUCGGAUGGGCAUGUAGACACUCCAAAAGGUUCAUCGUCAAGGUUUUCAUCGUUUUUUAGUUCUGCUUCUUCUUCAACUCCCAACAUAGCUCAUUCAAGCAUAGCACAACCACCAACUCCCAAGGAAGAUGAGGCCCGCUCUGCUACAGGUUCCAGGGUUCUCUCGUUUUUCAACAAGCCAGAACAACGCCCUAUGCCCGAGCAGCAUCAAAACAAGGGACUCAACAGUGUUGCAUCCGACGCACGCUCCGAACCACAUGAAAAUAAGGUCUUUGUGAAAGAGCAAACGAACAACAAUUUUUUCCAAGGGUUACUUAAUAAGGGUAAGUCGACUGAUAGCAUACCCACCCAAAUGCAAGAACCUUUACAAUACUCUCGGCAGGGUCGUGACGCCCGCGAAUCCUCAAUCAACUCUAAUAUUCUUGGAAAAACAAAUGCUAUCAACAAUGCGGGCUCAACAGAAGGACCCCCUGGCCUCUCAAAGAUGCCUCCUAAUCCACAACGUGGAAAUUUAUCGUCAAACUUUCAAAUGGGUAUGCCAACCAAUAUGAUGCCACCCAUGGGGCAACCAAUGAAUAUGCCUCCUCCUGGAUACCCUCAUUUUCAAAUGCCACCUCCUGGAGUACACCUACCUCAACAAUUUUUUGGAGAUCGGCCUAAACAGCGAGUUGGUCAAGAUGGCAACGAUGGCAAUCCUGAAAAAAAUCAGAGAACUCAACAAAUGCAUGCUCAAUUUAUUUCAGGACCUCCUAAUAUCCCACCUCCUGGAUUUGCUCCAAUGCAAGGCCCCCCUCCUGGAAUUGCACACGACAUGCAAAUUCCUAUGAACGGCAUGAUGCCUCCACAUGGGUUUUUUCCACCACAAGGGCCCGGCUUUCCGCAGUUUGGUAACCCACAGAUGCCUUCUAAUGGAAUGCCUUUGCAAUCGCAUCGUAUGGCCCCACGAAGGGAAUGA